AUUAAGAACGAACGGAGAAUUCUUUCUACUGUUCUCCGCCGCCGCAUUCUUGACCACAAACGGCGGUGGUUUCUUGCUAGGAUGCUGGUCUUCGGAACGGCAAAGGAGAAGAACAAGGCGGCGUACGAGGUCCGAUUGCUUUCCAAAUCCAACAUCUUCAACAGAGGGUGUUUGAUUCAAGCAGGGGUAAUUCUCCCCCCUGCUAAACCUCUUGAAUUCCUUUGCAUCGGGGAAGAAGAAGACGACCGCUCAAGAGAACGCGACUGCAGCCCUAUUGAAGCUCUCGAAGCACGCCGGCGGGAAGAGGGCACUCAUCGAGAACGAUGGAAUUCGAUCAAUUGUAGCCAUAUUGAAAAACGGAUUCAGAUCGGAGUAAAAGCAAAUCGCGGCAGCGACAAUUUUCUACCUGUCGUCGAUGAAAGGAUACAGAAAGUUGGUCGGGGAAAUUACGGAAGCAAUCUCAGGGCUGAUUUUGCUUAUCAGGAAAGGAAACCCCUACGGGAAGAAGAACGUUGUGGUGGCGCUCUUCGGCCUUCUAAUGUACCAGGGGAACAACCGGAGAGUGCUUAGAACGGCGUCGUUCCGAUUCUAAUCGAAGUCAUUUCGGUACCGACAAGGAAGAGCUGGUGGCAGAUUCGAUAGCGGUGCUUGCUUCCCUGGCGGAGACGGUGGAAGGGACGAUUGAGAUCAUGAGAUAUUUUGGGUUGGCUGUGGCUAUUAAGGUCUACAAUCGAUGCGGUUCGUGCGUGGCGAGAAAGAGCACUACAUAUCAAUCUUGUGGUCUCUGUGCAAGAAUGGCGGAGCGGAAGUGGUGGAGGUGCUGGCGAGGGAGCAAUCGGUGAUGGGUUCGUUGUAUUCGGCGGUGACGAAAAGGAGUCCCCAAUACAAAUCGCCGCCCUUGAUUAGCGAUGGAUAAUUGGAUAUGCAUGAGGAUAAUCUCCACAUAGACACACGUAAGAUAUUGGAUAAAGGUUUUGUGUGAAUGCUAGUUUGCCUUUUUUUCCAUUUCUGGGAAGUAUCCACCAAUUAUGCAUCGAUACACAUUCUGAAUUUUAAUAAUUUAUAAUUUUAUUUUUAUAUUUUUAAUAGUUAGAAAUGAGGUGGAAAUUAAUUACCAAAAAAAAGAGGUGGAAAUUUUAAAAAAUUAAAUUUUAUUUAUUUAUUAAUUGUCACGUCACACAUUUAACGGUCAACUUUUAGAGUUGACUGCCACGUAAGCAAAAGUUGACGGAGUUGGACGGAGAGUGACCAAAUAUGAACGGUUUCAGUAAACUGAAUUACCACCAAUAAAUUUAAAUAUUUCGAGUGACCAAAUUUGAACUUUUUUUUUGUAUUCUCAGUGACGAACCAUGCAAUUAAUCCUGGUGGGAUCAUUAAAAACUUUUGCCUUUUAAAGAACAUUUUACUCUGCGUUAUGAUAAGUUAUUAUUUUUGGCGCGCCUAAUUGGCAAUUGCAAUUGUUAGAUAAAGAUAAUAAAUAAAUGGUAAACAAGGCUUUAAGUUCUUCCUUAAAAAAGAGACCUUAAGGACCUGAACUUAGGCCUGUUGGCGUGACUGACAUGAUCGAUGUUGUUGCCGAUUACUUAUGUUUAGCCCAGGAACGGGGAGUUUUCCACGGGUAGCAGAGGGAUACGAAGUGAACUUGUAUCCAAUUUUAGAAGGGGAAACUACAUUUAUUCAAACAAUUUACUUGGCAAUAAUAAUUAUUCCUACAUUGAUGGGCAAUUAAUGGAGGCUAGCCAACCGAGGAAACGCACCCACCUAUACAAUUUUAGAAGGGCAAUAAUUUUGGAAAAAUGUACAAUGACGUGUGAGAGGCUAGAGCACUCCAUGUGCUGAUGUGGUUCUACUUUUGUUUUGAAUAACUAUAAUAUUAAGUAAGGAUAGUCUAGAGAGGAUUAUGCCUCGUUUAUUAUACAAUCCACGCCCCUGCUGAUUCCUCAGUAGUCAGUCCUCACCCACCAAAUAGUCAAUAACGUAGCUGUCUGUCGUUAUACAGAAAACAAUAGUAAAUAAAUAAACAUUAUUUGUUAGCAAGGGAUAUUGCUUGGCCCACGAGAUAGUCGAAGGUGACUCCGAAGUGGUCGUCAACCAAGUCCGUCAAGGCGUAUUAGAAGACUCGAUUGGUGGUCCGGUGUUACGACAGUGUCUUCAGAUCCUUAGCUCUUUGUCUGUUUGUAUAGAGUUUAGGGCGGUACCUAGAUCCGCUGACUCGACUCUACUGUCACUCCAGGAAUUGGCCAAGUGCAACCACUUCCUAAAGCGUAGUAUAGCGGGUUUAGGUUUAAUUAUCAACCCGGGUCCUAGAUUUGCUGACUACUCAGUGAGUUCUUGUUAUCUAGCAAUAAAACUGGAGUGCAAGU